CGGGAUCUCCUUAAAUGCCUCCAGAUCAGCUUUUGGUUCAGUAGUGACAGCCCUAGAAUAAGUCUUGGGUUAGUGACCAUCGUUGACAGGGUCUUACCCUGUGGUCCUUAGGAAGUCGGUCAGUAGGUUUAUGUCCGGGUAGGUCCAAGUGGUGAGGAGUGGGACCUUUGUCGUGCACCUGACACCACCAUGGUAGACACCCGGCGCGGCACCUCCACUAUGCCGUACACAAAGGAGGAGGAGGCGAAGAUGGCCGCCAUCCUGCAGGAGAGAAAGGAGAAGAAGGAGGCCAAGAAGAAGGMYUUGAAGGARGAGCAVGCRRCCAAAUUGAAGAAGAUGGAAGAAGAGAUGGCCAGGGAGAAAGAGAGGUUAAAGAAGGAAGAAGAAGAGAAACUGAAGGCGGUGGAUGAAGAAGAGGACGGUCCGCCACUGCAAAGGAGUAGUGGGCAGCCUAGUAGUAGUACCGGUGGAGACCUAGACAAGAGGAUAUCUGAAUGGGUUGCCAACCUGACUGUGGGAGAAGAGGAAGAGGUUAGUAUGUAUAUCCUGCAGGAUCAGCAAGAAGCUGCCAUGAAGGCUUGGGAUGCAGAGAAAGACCCUCUUAAGCGUCAAGCGUUGGAAGACGAGAAGAGGAUGGAAUGGAAAUUAGCGGUGAUGAGGGAGAAGAAGAGGAGAAUUGACAAGGCAGCGGGGGCGGCAGAGGCCUUAGAGGAAGUGAAGAACAUAGAGGCGCAAUUAGCCGCCCAGCCCGAUCCCCCGAAUCAGAUUGGGAAGAGGGAGGAAAACUUUGACAAUUGGGAGGCCAACGUUAAGACCUAUGUGCACUUGCAACAGGUCUCCCCAGAUCAGCAAGUCCUAAUUGCUAUCCACGCGCUGAGAGAUGAGGCCGCCAGUUUUGCAAGGUCCCUAGUUCGCGCUGCCAACUGUAGUSAUGAUCCCGUUGCGUACUCCUCAUUUACGUCCCUCACCGAAUUCCUGAAGUUGCUGCACGAGCGAUUUGCUAAUGUCGCUCGCAGUGUCAAGRCCUCAGACAAGCUCCAAACCAUCCAUUCUCGUAAAUGGAAGAGUGCCAAGGCGCUCAAGGGUACAAUGGAUGAGUUGGUGGCCGUCCCUGACCAUGGGGUCACAGAGGGCCAGUUGGUCAACCUCUUUUACCGGGCUAUGCCCGAAGCCUUUCGAGGGCAGUUCUUCGUGAAGAGCGAAGACCCUGCCACCACUUACGAUUCCCUUAGUCGUGAGGUGGUGGCUUUUGAAGCGAAGUCAGUGUCCCUCUCUACCUUCUGGCAUAAGGAUUUGGACAAGGGAAAGCAAUGGAAAGGCCGCACUAUCUCAGGGCAGGUAAAGACCAAGGAUAGCCUUGUCCUGACUUUAGAUGAGGGUAGUGUGGAUGAGAUUCCCUACGAUCAGAUUGAGUGGGGGCUAGAGGAGGCGGUCAGCGGUGUGGGCCAGGGGAGAUCCUACGCUGUUGUCGCGGCCGGAGGGAGGCCGCAAGGAGGAAGAGGCCAGGGCCAAGGGGGCCGGGCCUCAGGGAGCCGGUUUCAGGGCCAUCAGGGGGUUGGCGGCAGAGGAGGAAACCGCCAAGCGGGAGGGAGGGGUCAAGGUCCUUCGCAAAACCGCCGGUGUCUAGACAACUGUCCCGAAACUGCUUGUGUUAGAGUUUCACUAGACACCUCCCUCACAGGCGUGGCCGAAGAGUUGAAGGAGAGGAUGCCCGCCUGGGCCAAGAUGAAGAAGGAGAACAAAGGGCAGYUUAUAUUACUAGAUACAVARAUYUUUAGAAGUAGAGUAGGGGCCCUAGUAGACUCAGGGGCCACUCGCAGCUAUAUUAGUAGGAAAGCGCUGCAGAAGUUGAGGCUAGGACUUAAAGUCCAGAAACUGACAGACCCCAUAGUUAGUAUCCUCGCGGACAAUCGUACUAUGAUUGUAGAGGAUUACGUAGAGGGAGUCCAGGCGUAUUUCCGCCUAGAGAAAGAUGGGAAAGUGGAGAAGGUCCUCCACUCCCUGACUCUCCUCGUAGAGGACAGCCUCCCAUUUGACAUUGUCCUAGGAAUGGAUUGGGGAGAGGCAGUCGGGGCCACGCUCGAUUUGAAGGAGCACGAGUGUAGGCUCCCUAGUUCGUCAGGCGAGGCCAAGACUGCCCGCCUAUUCCAUGUGUCAGGGGUAGAGAAUUCCUUGGCGCACUGCUGCCUUAGUGCCCCCGCGUUCGACAGACUGGUGAAGAAGGAGGGAUUGGAGGAACAGGUCUUUGUUGCCUAUGUUAGGCCGGUGACUGAGCCUACGAAGGAGAAGCCGAGGGACCCCGCGAUUGCCAAGCUGCUGGAAGAGUUUAAGGAUUUGACUGAGCCGCCGACAGGCACGGUGCCGCGGCCCAUCCAGCACCGUAUUGAGAUAGAGCCUGGCAGUAGAACUCCUAAGGGUGCGGUGUAUAGGAUGUCCCCGCGGGAGUUAGAAGAGCUGCAGAAACAGUUGGACGAGCUCCUUUUGGAGCCCCUGUUCUCUUUGACCCUCGAAGAGCAUCAGGGUCAUCUCAGGCAGGUCUUGGAGAAGUUGAGGGAAGCUAACUUCAAGAUCAAUGCAAAGAAGUGUGAUUGGGCAAAGACCCAWGUUCUGUACCUAGGCCACGUCUUAGACGGAGACGGCGUUAAGCCAGAAGAUAGCAAGAUCCCAGCGAUUAGAGAUUGGCCCACGCCACGUACGCUGACAGAGUUGCGCUCGUUCCUGGGCCUAGCUAACUACUAUAGGAAGUUCGUGAGGAACUUCUCCACCAUCGCUGUGCCCCUUCGCAGAUUGCUGAGAAAAGAGACAAUCUGGAAGUGGGACAAGGACUGCACGUCUGCCAUGAAGAAGCUAAAGCAGGCAUUGAUAGAGUAUCCGGUCCUUAAGGUCGCCGGUCCGUCCUUGCCUUUUGUCGUUACCACGGAUGCUAGCCAGUACGGCAUAGGCGCAGUGUUACAGCAAGACGAUGGCAAUGGCUAUAGCAAUGGCUAUAGACCUGUAGAGUUCAUGUCCGCCAGGAUGCCUUCAGAGAAGGUCGCGACAUCUACCUAUGAAAGGGAACUCUACGCUCUCAGGCAAGCCUUAGACCACUGGAAGCACUACUUGCUUGGGAGGCACUUCAAAGUCUAUUCUGACCAUGAGACAUUACGAUGGUUAAAGACGCAGGCCAAGAUGACACCUAAGCUUGCUAGGUGGGCCGCAGAGAUAGAUCAGUAUGACUUUGAGCUCAAGCCUGUCAAAGGGAAGUACAACGUAAUCGCGGAUGCUCUGAGUAGGAGAGCGGAUUACUUUGGGGCAAUAGUACAUUACCUCGAUAUAGGGAAGGACCUGCAGCAGAGGGUUAGAGAAGCUUACGCGCAGGACCCUGAGCUCUUUAAGAAAGUCAAGGAGGCCCCAGAGACUGAACCGAAUUACCGCACUACCGAAGGGUUGCUUUUUGAGAAGACUAAUGUGUCUGACCGCCUAUGCAUCCCCAAUAGCGAAGAGAUUCGUAGUCUGAUUCUGGGCGAAUGCCAUGACACAGAGGGUCACUUUGGUUGGCAAAAGACUUUAGCCAAUCUUAUGCGUGCGUAUACCUGGCCAGGGAUGAAGAAUGACUGCGUAGAGUAUGUUCGCAGUUGCAAAGUCUGCCAGCGUAAUAAGAGUUCUACGUGCGCCCCCCUAGGUCUUCUCAGACCCUUGCCCAUUCCGGAUCAGCCGGGAGACUCAGUGUCAAUAGAUUUCAUGGACACUCAAGUCAAGACCAGGCAUGGCAAGAGCCAAGUCAUGGUCAUAGUUGACCGCUUUAGCAAGUACGCAGUUUUUGUUCCUUUGCCUUCAGAGGCGCGUACUGAUUUAGUCAUACAGAGGUUCUUUGACUGUUGGGUUAGUGAGAACGGAAUCCCGCUGUCAAUAGUUAGUGAUAGAGAGUCGUUUCACCAGCCAGAACUGGCAAGAACUCGUGGGAGUGUAUGGAUCUAAGUUAUUGAUGUCGUCCGGCCGCCAUCCAGAGACUAACGGUCAGACGGAGCAAAUGAACAAGAUCCUACAGC